AUGGCGAAAAGCACUUUCAAGCAAGAGCAUGACCUAGAGAAGAGGAGCGCAGAGGCUGCUGGGAUUAGAGAGAAGGAUCCUGAUAGGAUUCCGGUGAUUGUUGAGAAGGCUGAGAAGAGUGAUAUACCAACCAUCGACAAGAAAAAGUAA